AUAUGUGUGUUACAUAUUCUGUGUGAUGUUUUGUGUGUAGAAAUUCGUGUUUUUGGUCGCUUUCGAAAAUGCCCACUGAGCAGACGCCCAAUUUGUGCGGCCAGCAGCUGAGCGGCUGGAUGCGCCAUCGGGUGAGCCGCGACGACACUGUGGCCCGCCUGGCCCUCAAGUACGGCACGACAAUCGGUCGCAUCUUACGGGCCAAUCGCAUGUAUUGGCCGGACAUCCUGCAGACGCGCUGCUACAUCUGGGUGCCGGCAGUGGGCAAACCGUGUGACCCAGCGAAGGACGACAGGACACAGCCGCUUAGAGAGGCCAGGGCACUGGCCAUGGGCUUAGUAACCCGGCACACCUACGGCAGCCUGACUACGAUACCGCCCCACUUCUAUCGCCAGAGUACGCCCAAUGUGGACGACUUUGCCGACGACUGCGAUCCGCUGCUGAUCACCAUGCGCUGGAUGUGAUGCGUGCACAAUCGGGCGACUGCAUCUUGGGAGGCGACACAAUUUAAUUAGCGACCACAACUGCAGCUGCUCCUUGCUGCACAGCAUCCUGUCUGGGUCACCUCUGCCGCUGCUGCUGCUGCUGCUGCUGCUGCCAGUCAACGAGCUAGCAAAAGCGCACGGCACACGGCGCCUUAUCAGCCAAGCGAAAUUGUGGGCGGAAUUUCAAUUAUCGUUACAUUAUGCUCUCAGCUCGGCGUCUCCUCGAAUACGACGUGAGCUUUGGCGGGCCAGCGAAGACUCCAGAGCUCAUGUGAUGGCACAGACUCUAGCAGUGGAGCAUAUACUCUUCGGAACAUCGAAAUUGCUUGUUUAAUUUAGGGAAAUAUAUGUUAUUGUGUU